AUGGCACACAAUGAUGGGAAUAAUGAGGUUCCCGAGGUUGUUCAAAAUCAGGCUCAAAAUCAUGCUGCCAGGCGAUUGAGAGACUAUGUACUGCCCACUAUAACGGGAGUACAAAACUGUAUAAAACCUCCAGCUGUGGAGGCCAAUAAUUUUGAGAUUAAGGCGGCAAUCUUGCAAAUGAUGCAGUCCACUGUCCAAUUUGGUGGUUUGCCUUCUGGAGACCCCCAUAUGCACUUGGCAAAUUUCUUGGAGUUGCGUGAUACCUUCAAAUAUAAUGGGGUCAGUGAUGAUGCUAUACUGUUGAUACUCUUCCCAUUUUCUCUAUGGGAAGAGCUAAGAGCUGACUUAAUUCACUUCAGGCAAAUUCGAUUAAUACUUGGCAAGACAUUGCUUAGAAAUUUUUGGCUAAGCUUUUCCCUCUCUCGAAGGCUGCUAAAUUGA